CAAACUCUUUUUUCAAUCCACAUUUUGAAUCCAGCACGCAAAGAAAAACUUGACAAAUGAUUUCUCUUUCUUGAUUUUGUUUUCCCGCCUUUCUCUCUCAUUGGUUUCGUUUUCCCGCUUUUUGCUUCAUCAAAAUAUCAGCUUUCAAUCCAUCUUCAAACAAAACUUCUUUCUCUCUAAACCAUCAUAAGUCCCUGCUCUGUUUUUCCUCUUUCAUCCAUGAGCUUCUCAGACCAUAUUGACAAUGAUAAAAACCCUUAUGUUAUACACGAGAGGGAAGAUAAUUCUGAUCUAAAAGUUGGAAUGUUGGUAUAUAGUGAGGAAGAAGCUUACAAUCUGUACAACACUUAUGCUAUAAACAAAGGGUUUAGUGUACGUAAAGGAAAAGUUCGGAGGUAUGAAGGCACUGGUGGUUUGCGGUAACGUAUCUUUUUGUGUUCAUGUGAAGGCUUUAAGGAAGAUGGUCCACCUUUUGAAGAAAAAAAAUAUGAAAGAAUGCUAACUAGGACCGGUUGCAAAGCUCGUGCUAUAUUUAAUGCAGAAAAUGGUAUUUGGGAAUUGUUUAAGUUUAUUUCAGAACAUAACCAUGUAUUUGCAAAGCCCGAAGAAAGACACUUGUUGAGGUCAGGGAGAAAGAUUACUAGUACUAAUGCAAAUAUCUUGAGUUCCAUGUCAAAAGUUGGUAUAAGAGUGACUAAGGCAUACCCAUACUUGUCUAAAGAGGUUGGUGGAGUUCAACAUGUUGGGUUCACAGAACGUGAUUGUCAUAACUUCUUACAAUCUGAAAAAUCAAAAUCAAUAGAAGCAGGAGAUGCUCAAAGUGUCAUCAAUUAUUUCAAGUGCAAGCAAUCAGAAAAUCCAAUAUUUUUUUACACAGUUCAAGUUGAUGAUCAAAAUCGAAUGACUAGUUUUUUUUGGAGAGAUGGUUCCUCUAAAUUGAAUUAUCAAUAUUUUGGAGAUGUUGUUAUAUUUGAUACCACUUACCGGACAAAUAAGUACAAUAUGAUUUGUGCUCCUUUUGUUGGAGUAAAUCAUCACUGGAAGAACGUAUUAUUCGAUUGCGCUUUUUUAUUGAAUGAAACAACAGCUUCUUUUGUAUGGUUAUUUGAAGCAUUUCUGGAGGCGAUGGGAAAUAAGGCUCCUAGUACAAUUUUCACCGACCAAGAUAGUGCAAUGGCAAAUGCUAUACGUAAGGUGUUACCUAACACGCGACAUCGCCUAUGCACAUGGCAUAUCAUGAAAAAUGCAGCUCAAAUUAUUUCUACUUUGUUUGCAAAUCCAAGGUUCAAGGAUAAGUUGACAAAGCUCUUUUAUGGUUGUGAAACAGAAGAAGAAUUCGAGUCCAUUUGGGGAAAGAUAAAUGAAGAGCAUGACAUUGUAGGGAAUAAAUGGUUGAGUAAAUUGUAUGACAUUUGUGAGAAAUGGUGCCAAGUUUUUAGUCGUGAUACAUUCUCGGCCAAUAUUUUAUCAACACAAAGAAGUUAGAGAACAAAUAAUAUCUUUCAACAUAUUGCUUGCAAGUCCAUGACUCUUACUGAAUUUGUGCAGCAUUAUGAUGAAAGUGAAAGUCGAAUGUGUGAAAUUGAAGUGGCAGAUGAUUUUACAUGUGCUAGAGGUAAGCCUCCCUUGCUAAUACCUAAUAAUUGUACUUUACUCCAUGCAGCUCAAGUGUAUACACAUAAGAUUUUUAAAAUGUUUCAAGCAGAGUUCUUAAAAGCUUUAAGUGAACAAAUUAUUCAUGUUGAUACUGUUGGGGAACUUCUCAUUUACACUUUGAAAGGUAUGGGUUGCAAUAGAGAACAUAUGAUAGAAUUUCACUAUUCUAAUCUCACUAUUUAGUGUAAUUGUAAAAGGUUUGAAUCUUUGGGCUUGUUGUGACGCCAUGGUUUAAAGAUAUUGAAUCAUAAUGCCAUCCAGAAUAUUCCAAGUGAUUAUAUUUUGAAAAGGUGGACAAAAGGUGUAAAGGAAGUGAUUAUCAUUGAUGAAAAUGGUGAGAUAUCCCAGAAUGCAGCAACAUCGUCAAAGACAAUCUUCUUGAACAAGCUCAUGUGCAAAGCUUUUAGUGUUAUGAGUUUAAGUGCAUAUGAUGAUGAAAUAUUUAUGGUUGCAAAUGGCCAUCUAGACCAAAUUGUACAAGAAGUUAGAAAUAUUAAAUCAAGGAAUGUGAUAGAUGGUUGUAAUUCUGAUAGAGUUGAUGUUGCAAAUAAAGUAAAUGGCUCAAUUGAUGAAAAUGUGGUGUUAGAUCCUCCCCGUAUGAGGCCAAAAGGGGUAACAUAUGGUAGAAUUAAGGGCAGCUUGUAGAAGCGAAAGAAAAAUCCAAAAAAAGGGUAACAACAUCUGUAAGAGAAGAUUUAAGGGUUUCUUGCUCUCAACAAAUGGUAUCUAACUCCCAUAAUCAGGUAGAUAUAAUACAAGGUGUAUGUGUAGUCAUUCAUAUAGAGGUUAUCUUAUAAUUGUUAUUUAUUUAAAAGGUUUGU